CAGCUGCGUCCCCCCGGCUCGGGGCUCACGGUGCCUUCUUACCCCUGGCAGGGCCAUGAGGGAACUGCCCGGUGCUCUGCGUGACCCCAUCUUCCAGCAGCUGGUUGAGCUGCUCAGCACCAGCUUCUACUCCUGGGAGAUGGUGGCCAUGGUCUUCCUCAUUGAGAUGCUGGAGUGCAUGGACCUCACCGCAGAGCUGCACCGCAUCCUGAAACUCUUCACCACCUAUCUGCAGAGCCAGAGCGUGGGCAUGCAGCAGCUGGUGCUCAGGGGCAUCCUGCAGCUCAGCAAGAGGCAGGACACGGCAAGGCCAAUGAUCAUCUUCCUGCCGUGCAUCAUGGAGCAGCUGCAGGAUGCAGACAGCGACGUCCGUGCCCUGGCCCUCCCGAUACUCAGCACCCUGCUGAAGCUCCUGGAUGGGGCGAAGAUCAGCCUCAUGGCUCUGGAGCUGGCCAGCAAGCUCCCAGCGCUCUUUAAUGAUGCGUCCACCACCGUGCGGCAGCUCUCCAUGGACCUCUUCCUGGAAACGCUGAACUUUGUGGAGGGCCAAGAGAAGAGGAAGAUGCAGAAGGAGGUGUGCAGGAACCUGGCCCUGCUGUAUCUGCACCUGCACGAUGAGGAAGACAGCGUGGCCAAGGCCUCCCAGAAAGCCCUCCUCGGUGCCGCACGGUUCCUGCGCUGGAGGCGGCUGGAGCACCUGGUGCAGACGGAGCAGUUCUGGCAGAUCGGCGAGUGCCUGCAACCUCGGCGAUCAAAAGGGUCUCUUCCGGGUUUGCGCCCGUUUAAAUCUUCCGCCGCUACCCUGGCAACGCCCCCGCCACGUGAGCCGCUCUCGCGAGAGGUGCCGGGCUGCACCGAUGCCUCGGGAAUCCCUGGAUGGAGCAGAGACCCCCGAGCCAACCCCGAGAGGCAUGGCCAGAGAUACCGAGGGCAUCCUGCACCGCCACGGCCCAGCAGGGGGCCUUACGAGACACAGGCAGGGAAGCUGAGCUUUCUGGCCUGCGUCCGCACCGCCUGCACAGCCGCCCUCCAGGACAGGCAGGCUCACGAGCACCUGUGUGCCUGCGCAUCGCACGUGGUACAGUGCAUUGAGGCUCAGAGCCUUGGCUGGAAGGCCCAGAGCCUCAUUUCAGAUCAGAAACAUCCUUUCCAGUUCCAAAACCGAGUUUCAGGGCUCAAAACCUCCUUCCAGUGUCUGAAGCCUUAUCUGAGAGCAAAGCUCAAUCUGGAUUUGGAGAGCUUGGAGGCUUCAGAGCACCACCAGCCUAUUGCUGGCAGGGAGCCUGGGAAACAGAAAGGACCAUGUUCCUGGUUCCUCUUCUCCCAUAACACCAACUUGAAAAGCAAUGAUGCCCACCUAUGCUAA